UGUUGGUAGCCUUAUAUGAAGAACCAGAGAAGCCCACCAGUGCUCUGGAUUUUUUAAAGCAUCACUUAGGAGCUGCCACCCCGGAAAACCCAGAAAUAGAGCUGCUUCGUCUAGAAUUGGCAGAAAUGAAAGAGAAAUAUGAAGCUUCUGUAGAAGAAAAUAAAAAACUGAAAGCAAAGCUUGCUCAGUAUGAGCCACCUCAGGAGGAGAAGCGUGCUGAAUAGGAUUCUUCUCAGUUGAAAAGACACUGAAAACUGGUUUUGUAUCACUUGAAUAGCUUGUAUAGUAUAUAAUCUUUCCUGAAAAGAUGCUAUAAACUUUUAAUAUGUUAAAUCCACUCAUCACACUUUAAUGUUAUAAACACAUAUACAUAGAAUCACCAAUAAAAACUCAAUAUAACUUUCUUUGGGUCUUAAAGCAGGAGAAUCCAAGGCAAAUAUUGGAGCAAAGCUAAAGAGCCACUUAACUUUUCACUUUCAAAGACAUCUUAUUUAUUAUCUAAUUAGGAAUGAUGGUACUGGUUGUAUUUUAACUAGGAGAUUUAACAUGGAGCUAUUCCUUGGUUGAGGACUUGAGCAUAGUAGGCACACUCAUUCUUGACAGUGUAUACCCAGUAGACAGCUGGACAGAUUUGUGAUGUAUGAUGCUUCUGCAUGGAUCCCCAUGCGUCUUGCUCCUUUAUAUAAUAUGGAACAAAGAACUCUUCUUUGCCACCACUUUGCCUUAGAUAACUUGUGUGUGCCAGUGUGAACUCUGACACCACAUUUUCUUUCUAUGCAAUCAUGCCCAUCUGAUAAUGCUGCCUUGCUGUGCUGUGUGCUUUAGUGUGUCCUGGUUGCACAGUAGUCUGUGUUGUUUUCAGUUUGCUUAAUGCUGCAGCUAUCCUGAUUGUAAUUUACAUAGCUUCCAACAUGACUACACUCUUACCCUGCCUUACUUAGUUAGUUCCUUAGUUGAGCACAGAAGAGAUAAUAUAAAAUUCUGGGUUCAUGCACCAGCUGGGACGGAAAGGGGGAUGAACCAUUAUGUCACAGAUGAUUAUAAUAUGUAAUUAUAUAGUGCUUUUUCCGCCCCUCAAAGGUAUUUUUUGAGCCUCGAAUUAAUUUUAUCUUUAUUAUCCCUGUGAAGUAGGUAGGGCAAGUAUGAGGCGAGGUUGGGUGCUGAAUUUUUAGGCCAAAGACUGAUAUUUAUAUGAAUUUGUUGCUAACUGGGCAGGUCAGUUAAUGGCUUGGAGAUUCACUUUCUUGUCUGUACCAUGAGAACUUGUGCUGCCUACCUCACAGGGUUGUUGUGAGGUCAAACGAGAGAAUGUACAUGAAAGAUGUGUAAAUGGUAAAGUACCA